UCGGACAUUUUAGUGUCACGAACCCGGAAAGGGGUGCGUCGUUAUUAUUAUUCCCCUGAUUUUUCCAACAUGAAGGAGGCGAACAUGGCUGUCCCUGUGAAUAUCGGGGCGCUGCUUCAGUCAGACCUCCUGGAGGACGCUGCCUACCGGGACGACGGCUUGUGUGUUGUCGGUAUAUUCGGUAAAAGCAACAUGCAGCCCGGGCCGCUGAAAGAGUCUCUUAUCAACACUCUGGCGGACAAACACAUCUUCUCGCUGUUCGGUGGAGCGGAAGACGGCGGUACUGCGGACAGCCACAUCCAGGCUUUCUACAACCAGGAAAACCGGGUCCUGUACCUGCUGCUCUCCUCCGUCUGCGACAGUCGGCAGCUGCUGCGGGCCUGUCAGUCUCUGAGCGCCGGCACCGGCCACUCCGAUGCCCACGACUUUUGGAAAGGGCUGGAUAGGCAGCACUGCCUCCACCUGCUCUACAUGUUCUCUGUGUGCCACGUCCUCCUGCUCGUCCACCCCAAUCAGACCUUCGAUGUUACCUACGACCGGCUCUUCAGAGCCCUGGAUGCCCUGCGACAGAAGGUGCUGCCCCUGAUCCGGGCUGCUAUCAAAGACUGCCCGGUGUCCAAAGAGUGGAAGGUGAACUGUCGGCCCUGCCCUCCGCGCCUGCUCUUCGUCUUCCAGAUGAACGGCACUCUUAAGAUUUCUGCAAACGGCGAGUCUGGAGGAAACCCAGACAAACCCAAAAAGCACUCUCCCAGGAGGAGGCUGCAGCAUGCCCUGGAGGACCAAAUAUAUCGCAUCUUCCGUAAAAGCAGAGUCCUGACCAACCAAAGUAGCAACUGCUUGUUCACCGUGCCCGCCAACCAAGCAUUUGUGUAUGUGAUACCAGCAGUGGAUGAAGACCCCGUUGGUGCCCUGAUCGGUCAGCUGCGGUCUAACUGCAUCUUGUGUGACCAGGACUCCACCACAUCAGUGUCAGGACCGAGGCGUUACCAGCAGAUGAGACGUUCAGCCCGGCAAUCCAGCUGCAGCGGAGACUCAGGCACCAUGUCAAUGGGCGGUCAGUUGGUGGACUGCAGCUUGAAGGAAUUCCUCUGGCAACAUGUAGAGCUGGUGCUGACCAAGAAAGGCUUUGACGACAGCGUCGGCCGCAACCCACAGCCUUCGCACUUUGAGCUGCCGACCUACUCCAAAUGGGUCCAAGUCGCCUCCAGACUCCACCAAGUCCUAAUUAGCAACACAGAUGAAGAAAUAGCUGAGCUAGCCACCAAAGUGCAAAGCCAGCUGAAGGUCUUGGAGGGUUUUCUCGAAGCUGACACCAAGUUCUCUGAGAACAGGUGUCAGAAAGCUCUGCCACUGGCUCACAGCGCUUACCAGUCCAACCUUCCCCAUAACUACACCACAACGGUGCACAAAAACCAGCUGGCUCAGGCUCUGCGGGUCUACAGCCAGCACGCUCGCGGUGUGGCUUUCCAGCGUUACGCACUUCAACUUCAUGAGGACUGCUACAAGUUCUGGAGCAACGGCCACCAGCUGUGUGAGGAGCGAAGCCUGACUGACCAGCACUGUGUUCACAAGUUCCACCUACUGCCUCAGCCAGGUGAGAAACCAGACAUGGAUCGCAACCCACCCGUCCUGAACCACAACAGCAGGGGGCGCUCCACCAGCUCCUGUAACUGUGGCAGGAAACAGGCUCCUCGAGAGGAUCCAUUUGACAUCCAGGCUGCCAAUCAUGAUUUUUACCAGAUGCUGGAGGAGAAAUGCUGCGGGAAGCUGGAGAGGAUUGAGUUUCCAGUGUUCCAACCCAGCACGCCUGACCCAGCCCCAGCCUGCAACCAAGCUCAGCGACUCCCAUGUGAGGCCUCCGGGUCUGGUGAGGCAGAGAGGCUGAAGGAGCCAAGCACUGCCCAGAGCCAUACGCCAGGAGACACCAGUCUCAGCCUGGCUCUCAGUCUAGGCCAGUCCACGGACAGUCUGGGUCCUUACGGUGAUGGAGACGGAACCGAAGCUCAAGUCCAGCAAAAGAGACCAAGUCUCGUAGAUCGCCAGCCCUCCACUGUAGAGUACCUCCCCGGCAUGAUGCACUCUGGAUGCCCCAAGGGCCUGCUACCCAAGUUCUCCAGCUGGUCCCUGGUCAAGCUGGGUCCAGCAAAAUCAUACAACUGCCACACCGGUCUGGAACAGCCAGGCUUCGUCCCCGGAUCCUCCUUCCUCUUGCCGUGGGACCUAGUGAUCCGCUCUCGCUCAGAGGAGGAUACAGGACUCACGGAGCCUUUGGAUGGAGGCACCUCCUCAUGGCCAGCCCCUAACAAGACCCUGGUGGGAAAGCGAGGGAGCACUGGAGGGCUGGGUAGGAGUCGCAGGAGGGACGAUAUGGCUCGAGCAUUUGUGGGGUUUGAGUAUGAAGACAGCAGGGGAAGACGCUUCAUUAGCUCUGGGCCUGAUAAAAUAGUGAAGGUGCUGGGGCCAGGGGGCGCCAAGGAUCCUGCCACCAGGGUGCUAAACACCGACAUGCCACUGUAUAUCCCUUCCCCCUCCCAGGGCCGCGGCCUGAAGCCUCACUACGCCCAGCUGGCUCGCCUUUUUAUUGUGGUGCCAGAUGCUCCGCUAGAGGUUACCCUCACCCCACAGGUACAACCUGGUCCUCCUCCCUGCCCAGUUUUCCAUCCAGAGCAGACAGAUUUAGUGUUGCCCCCUGAUGGUUUUUGGGUGCUGCGGUUCCCUUAUUCCUACGCAACAGAACGUGGCCCUUGUUACCCCCCCAAAGAAAACCAACCUCUCAACAACUACAAGGUCCUGCGAGGCAUCCUGAGGGCCACCACUGCUAACCCUGUACCUCAAUGAACGUAAGGACUUCACCUUCCUGGACUCAGUCUCUCUCUCCCUCUCUCUCUCUCUCUCUCUCUCUCUCUCUCUCUCUCUCUCUCUCUCUCUCUCUCUCCUUCUCUCUCCUUUUCUGUGCAUGGCAGGGUCAGUCAGUGCCAUACUCAUGUCAGAUCUCUUGACUGGCUCCAUCGUGAGGUUAGAAUCUCCCCAAGCGUCUCAGAAACUAAUUUCUGGAUUCCCAUUAAAGGAGCUGUGGAUGCUCAUGGCCUCCAUAGAUUUUGCCCUAUUGAUUUUGAGGACCUCCUGACCUUUCUUUUUUGAGCAUAACUCAAACAGAUUUACUGAACACUGUCACGCCCCCAGAGGAAGAACCCACUUAUGGCACUUGGAACAAUUAUGGCCGUCUGAUAAUCGUGAUAAUUUCACUGAUGUCCAACUUUAACUUUACUUGAGUCAGCCAUGUGUAUGUAAACUGGUGCCAGGCUUGUAUCUUGUGUAACAGAACUUCCACUUUGUUUAUGUUGUUCUCACAGUUCACAUGGUGACAUCUAAUUAACAGAGGUCAGCAGCAGCGAGCUAAGUGGCCAUUAAAGCAGAAGCCGAGGUGGAGAGUCAAUAAUUAGGUUGAACUAAAGUCUGUUCAUGUGCAAUUUCUGAACAAUGCAACAUUGAUCACUGCUUACAUACCUAUAGACGUAUCCAAAACACUGAGUACUGGAGUGGAACAUGUUCUUGAUUUUUUUGUAAAUAAAAAUAACUAUUGUUUA